GUGUAAGCUUCGGGUACAGUGCAGUGACAGUGUAUCGCAGAUAUCGGAGCCGCGCGCGCGGCGGGAAUUGGAAUCUAAGACAGUUUUCAUUCCCGCUUCUCCAUGAUCCAGGGCGCAACACAUACAGAAACUUCCUACCAUUAUCUCUUCUAGCUUACGGUCUUCUACUACUAUUUAUUUGCCAAUCGUCGACAGUUUUCAAUUUGGCUUUCAAUCGGUGUUCUUCUCCCGGGACGGUUCUCCUGGACAAAGUGAACGUUGUUUCUGAUGGCAAAUUCUACCAUGUCCAUGCUUCAGUCUUGUCCGAUCGCCAUCCACCGCCAAUCACCCGAUAGCGAGGUUCUCGAAGAAGUGCCUACCCUCUUUACUAAGUCACCGGGUGUUGAGUUGGACAGUCUUUCCGGAUUCAGUGUUGCCCGGGACAUCAACGAAAAUUUGGACUCCUUCGACACUGGAUUUUCUCGCCUUUCGAACUCAUUCACAUCAGGGAAAUCGUACCCACCAUCAUCUCAAUGUUUGUGGAGAAAAUAUGGCGUUGGAAUCAAUUGCGAAGAAGGAGGGGAACAAUUUGGACAACACGAGAUGGCCGUUUGUGGAACGCAUGUAGAUGAAAGAAUACUUCCCGGGUUUAGAUACCGCGUUCGCAUCCCAUCAAAGAUGAGAGGGGACCGUUACCAGUUUGGAGGCAGGGCACUCCAUCUCCUUCGCAUCGGACAAGGCUACGGGAAGCGCCUAACCUUCGAGGACCAGUACGCCAACAUCAACACAAACUUCUUCUGGUCAGACACCCUACCCAACGGCUAUGCCUUCAUCAUCAGCGCCGUCGAGCCUGGAGAUGAAUUCGUGGUAUGCCAUCAGAACCGACGUCCAUUCGGUCGCGCAACCGUCAUCGCAACGAGCCAACGUCAAGUCGAGAUCAGUUCCUCGAUCACCGAAGACAAGGAUAUCAUGAAAAGGGUGAUCGUUGCGAUGAAGAUCUCGGUGCAAUACACAUGUGAGCCUCACGGCAUGAUGUCGCUGAGAGCAGAUGAGAUCGUGGACGUGAUGGGAGUCGCUGUUGUGAAGAAAAGUGCCAAAAGAUCGAGAGCGGUCACGAGAUGUGUAGAAGAGGUCGAGAUUCCAGGACACGGUGAAUGUCUACUCUUUGACGAGAGUGAAUAAACAUAACUCUUGUUUCUAAAGUUAAAUGGCGAUAUUUAUAGAGACUAUUAUUAACAGUAUCAGGCCCUGGGUGAUAUGAAAGUCUGAACACUUUAUAAAGUUUAAUUCGAAGACAUUGCUUUUAUCUAUAUUCCCAUGGGAUAAACAUGUCUGCAAAGACAACAAUACUAGAUUGGAUAUCCCACCCCCCCCCCCCAAAUAAAAAACAUGAUAAGACUCCCCUUCUGAGAUAUUAUAUCAUCAGUAUUAAUCUAUGAGGAGGGAUUUUCUUGCAGGGUUAUAUUUUUGUGCAGUACCUUCCCCCCCCCCCCAAAAAAAAAAGCGAAGAUUGAGUUGUUCGUUUGGGAUGGUGUAUUUCUAAUACUUCUAAUGAUAAUGUUAUAUCAUUAUGAACGAAUAUUUAUGUGUGUGAAUGUGAGCUACUUUUAGCUAUAAUAGUUGCUACAGCUACAUUUAUGAUUGUGUGCAAAGCAAAGUGCUUUGUUUUUAAAACCAAAGUAUAUUACAUGUAUGUUUUACUGUAUAUAUUCCAUUGAGUCUAACUUUAUAAUGUACAGAAGUAUUUCUUGUCACAACGUUUGCAGGAAUAAGAGGUUUCGUAAAAUAUUCACAUUUUAUAAUAAUAUUGACUACAGCAUAAAACAUUUUUUGUUAUAUUUAACAAAACUUCAGCUAUGCAAAAAGCAAAAAAAUAUUUAGUACGGUGAAUCCAAAGGUCAUGUGGUUUCAAUUAACAUUACAACCGCAUGGACAUUAUGAUAGAAAAAAAAUAGUUGAAAUUUGAAUUAUAAAUGUGAAAUUAAAUAUCAAUAACAGAAGAAUACUACUGUUGAAUUUUACCUGUAAUCAAAGGAGGAAUCCAAACUUUUAUUCAACAUUUUGAUGUUAAAAAAUCGGGUGACAUUCAUCUUAAAACAUGAAAGGAAUACAUCCCGCCCCGCCCCCGCCUCACACCCACACCUUGAAGAUAACUGCACAAAUUAAUGCAAUAAAUAUCUUUUUUUUAUUUUAGGACAAUCCAUUGUAUUUUCCUUCUCAAACAAUCUCAACCUUUCUCUUUCAAACAAUCGCUCUACUGCAUCUAAGAUCUCUUGCCCUCUUUCAUAAUUUUCCUCUUCCUGUCAGAUUUUGCAGUAUUUCAUAUUUCAUGAUGUUUUGUUUUGUUUUCCUCUUUAUACUUGUAAAGGUUUUUUUUUGUCUUGCCAUUCGAUUAUUUCAUUUAAGAAGUUUUAAAACAAUAAAUUUAGGGCAUGUUUGCACCAACAAAAUGCAUUGUUGGGAAUUGUAUAAAUUUUUAAUGCAGUUCCACUUCCAUCAAUAGGUCACAGAUAUAUGCAUUAUGAUGAUGACAUAUGAUGAAAAGCCUGUUAGGAUAGCAUUUUCAUUAUUUUUUUCAUAAAAAAAGUGCAUUAACUUAGUAUGCCUAACAUGUACAUAUAUGUAUUUCGGUAUUGGACUUCCAUGAUGACCGCACAAAGACAAGUUUAAUGUAUGGAUAUAAAGAUUAAUGUAUUUGUGUGUUUUGCAUAAAAUAAAAUGCAUCUAUAAUGUAA